AUGGCUCAGAGAGCAGAUCCCAUCUCCUUAAGUACCAAUGAAGAGCUUGCUAAUCACAUCUCCUUAAGUAUAAAUGAUGAGCUUGCUCGCUUUUCUCCUACACCAUAUGACCGUUGCAUUUUCAGAGUGCACGACAAACUACGAGCUGAAAAUGAGAAAGCCUAUGAACCUAGUAUAAUUGCAAUUGGUCCUUAUUACCAUGGUAUAGACAAAUUGCAAAAGAUGGAAGAACACAAACUAUUGUAUCUGCAACAGUUGCUUCAACGAAGAAAUGAGACAGGUGUGGAUAAAUACGUUAUGGCCUUGAUUGACAUGGAAGAGAGAGCGAGAAAAUGUUAUACAGAAUCAAGUAUCCUCAAAAAAGCUGAUUUUGUGAAAAUGAUGCUUUUUGACGGGAUAUUUGUCGUAGAAUUAUUUCGCAAGAGUAAUGCGCAAUCAAGUUCUAAAUAUGACCUUCUUUUCCAAUUUUGGUCUAUUCGGGCUCAAGUAACUUGUGAUUUAUUGUUACUGGAAAAUCAACUUCCAUUUUUUAUCCUUGUCAUGUUGUUCAACAUGACGAGGGAGGUAAACACAGAUGAAGACAUCACUUUUCUGGCAUUGUCUUUUCUAGGCAGAGUGGUGCCAGGGCCAACUAUUUCAAAAGUUUCAGAUAUCUCAAUCGAUCAUGUCCAGCAUCUGCUUCACCUAGUACAUGGCAGUAUGUGCUUUUCAUUUGCUGAAAAAAUCAAGUCUUACCAUGACAGAUAUGAAUAUGACAACUUCAUAAAUACUGUCACAGAGCUCCAAGAGUUUGGAAUGGAAUUCAAGGUAACAAAGGAAAGUACCAGUUUGUUUGACAUUAAGUUUGUUAAUGGGUUGAUGGAAAUUCCUUGGUUGGAAAUUAAUGACAACACUGAAUCCAUCUUACGAAACUUAAUUGCAUAUGAACAGUUUUGUCCCACUGGUCAACCAAAAUAUGUCUCCGAUUAUGCCUAUUUUAUGGAUUUACUUGUCAAUUCUCCAAAAGAUGUCACAUUGCUUCGCUGCUCUAGAAUUAUUGAGAACUGUUCGGGUGAUGAUACUACAGUUUGCAAUAUGUUAAACAAGCUUAACAACAAUGUCAUACUCUCGUACAAAUUCUGUUACUCUGAAGUUUUCAGCAAUGUGAAUAAGCAUUUCGUUACACCAAGAGUGGUAUUCAAGAAUUGCAUGUAUGAGCUACAAUGA